AUGAAUUCGAAUCCAGCAUUUUGUAUUUAUGUAGAGUCCCCCUUCUUUGCUGAGGUGGGUCAUAUAAAAGAAUGCAAUCCGUCCUGCAGCACCAGAGAACCCGGGAGCGAUGCAGGAGGACGAGGACUGCAGACUCGGGGUGGUGCAAGCAACGAACUGUCCAAGGCAAGCAGAAAUGAGCAGCACCUGCCAAACGACCAGGAUUUGCGGCGGCAGAGUAGGAACUUCUCGGAGCCGUCAGCUCUGUGCAGGAGACGUGAGCGGGACUCCCUGCGGAAAGCUGCGCCUUGCAGGUGCUGCCGGCCUCUGGGUCUCCCGCUCGCCCUCCAGCCCUGCCCGGGGCCCCUCGGCCCGCUUUCCGGGAGCCCCGCUCUGCAGAGCGCCCAGGCCUGGCCUCCUGGUGGAGCUGGGGCCCUGGAGGAGGCCCUGGGCUUGCAAAGGCCCCGGGCCCAGGAAGGCGGCGGCGGCGGCGGCUCCACUGCUCGGCGCUUGUGGCCGCCUCCUUUCCCCGGGGCCGUGGGCUGGCUGCGAAGAUGGCGGGCAAGGCGGCGUGGGCUCGGCGGCUGCCCCUCCUGCGCGCAGGUACCGCCGCUCCCCGCCCCGCCCCGUCCUGGCUGCUGGCGGGCAAGGGCCGGGGGGGGCUGGCAGCAGCAGCAGGGGCUUGCAGCGGCGGGGCUGCUUUGUCUUGCAGGGCUGUGGAGCGGCGCGGGCGCGAGGCGACCCUUCAGCAACGACAAGGUCCUGGUGGAGCUGGACGAGAGCACCGGGGUGGCCGUCAUGAAGCUGAAGAGCCCCCCGGUGAACAGCCUGAGCCUGGAGCUGCUGACGGAAUUCUCGAUAAGCCUGGAGAAGCUGGAGAACGACAAGGCCUGCCGGGGGAUCAUCCUGACCUCGGUUGUCCCCAAAAUCUUCUCGGCAGGGCUAGACAUCACUGAGAUGCACGGCAAAAGCAAGGAGCACUAUGCGGAGUUCUGGAAGGCCGUGCAGGAGAUGUGGCUGAAGCUGUACGAUUCCCGUCUGGCGAUGGUUGCUGCCAUCAACGGUUCCAGCCCUGCCGGUGGCUGCCUCAUGGCCCUCUCGUGCGACUAUAGAAUCAUGGCCGAGAACCCCAAAUACAGGAUUGGUCUGAAUGAGACGCAGCUGGGAAUCAUCGCCCCCUUCUGGUUCAAAGAUGUGAUGAUAAGCACCGUUGGCCACAGAGCCGCAGAGCGGUCCUUGCAGCUCGGCCUCCUCUACUCCGCACCUGAUGCUCUCAAGCUUGGCCUCGUGGAUCAGCUGGUGCCGGAAGAGAAGAUGGAGAGCGCGGCGACUCAGGUGAUGGCACAGUGGUUGGCCACUCCAGAUCACGCCCGUCAGAUCACCAAGUCGAUGAUGCGGAAGAAGGCGGUGGAGCGCCUGCACAAGCAUCGGGACUCCGACAUCCAGAACUUUGUCGACUUCAUCUCCAGAGACUCCAUCCAGAAGUCCCUCCAGAUGUACAUUGAGAUGCUGAAACAGAGGAAGGCCUAAGCUGGCUGAGGAGCUGCCGGCCAGGCUGGCGAUGGAGCGGGGAGGGGGGCUCCAGCGUUGCCAGCCCAGAAACCUCCGUGCCUUUUUCUGCUGUGGUGCCUUUUGCCUGGACUUUGGAUCCCGGGAGGAGGGAUCUCUCGGGGCCGGGCAGGAGUUCUCUUAAAUGAGUGAGUUUAACAGAAUGUGAACUGUCAAUAAAGGUAACUGUUCGAA